GGGGAGUGAAUGUGCAGGUCUGGGAUUGAACAGAAACUGUUCUCUUCAAACCCGAUUUCCAAUUUGGUUCUUCUCGCUUGCUCGCGUCUCCUCCUCCCUCUUUCACGCGAGCCAAGUAGGCAGAGCACGUCAAGAGGCGCCCAGGGGAAGGGACGUUGGGGCUGCUUGCAAGAUGGCUCCCAAGGCGGCCAAGCCUACCCAGGCUGCCAAGCCCGCCAAGAGCGGGGGCGGCAAGCAGAAGAAGAAGAAGUGGUCCAAGGGAAAGCAAAAGGAGAAGGUCAACAACCAGGUGUUGUUCGAGAAGGCGUCAUACGAUAAGCUGCUGUCUGAAGUCCCCAAGUACAAGCUGAUCACCCCGUCCGUCCUCAGUGACAGACUCAGGAUAAACGGGAGCCUUGCGAGAGCGGCGCUGAGGGCGUUGGAAGAGCAGGGUCACAUCCGCCCCAUCAGCAAGCACGCUACCCAGCUCAUCUACACACGGGCAACCAACACCUAAGAACAAGUGCGGAAGACCUGUGUACAAAUAUUGUUUCUCCAAAGCUACUUGCUCCAUGCAGCGCCGUUCGUUCGUUGAUAUGCAUGGUUUUUGACGGAGUGGCUGCUCGGAGUACCAACAUGUAAACGAAUGUAGCCCGCAACUCUGUCGCAUGUCAUGUAAUUCAAGGCGGAUGAAAUUUCGGAUGUCAGCAUCGGG